AUGUUUGCAGUUCCUGCCACGGAAGUUAUCUUUGACUUUCAUUCAAAUAAAAGUAUUUACAUAAACGAAAGUCAAAUUCAAACUUUUAGUUGCAAAACCUCGGCGUGUUUACCAAAACCAGUAGUUAAAUGGUACUUAUGGAAUCCCAUCAACAAGAUAACCUACGAUAUAACAAACCAUUCGACUGUAUCAUAUAUUCCAAAAGAAAACUGGCUGACAAUAGCUGAGAGUUUUCUUCAGAUUCUUCCGAACAGGACACUAGACCGCUGGCAUCUUUAUUGCACAGUAUUGACACAAGUGAUAGCAGCAGAUAUUUUCAGCGAAGAAUUUGUACUGAACGUGGCAUAUCCACCAGAUGAUCCCCCAAUAAUAGCUAGCUACAGCAACGGCUCUACGAUACAGGUUGUCGAGACAGCAUCGCUUAAAUUGAACUGUUCUGUAACUGGCGGAAAACCAUUAGCAACCUUAAGAAUGACAUGUUUAAACAGUAAUGCAUCACCAACUGUUACCAAAAAAACGACGGUGACUGUGUACAUUGAACUACAAGUCAAUCGCAAUCAUAGUCAAUGCAUAUGCGAGUCUGACCAUAUCAUUAGUGGUACACAAAAACUAUACGUCCGGCUUGAUGUGCUGUGUGAGUGGGAUUCCAUUAAAUAUUUUGAUUUUUAA